AGAUGUAGAUGCAUUUGCGGAUUAAAAGUGACAUAGUGUAUGAUCAAUACAAUCUGAAUUUACAAUAAUCGACUAGUUAAAGAUUUUUGAAAUCCGAACAGAUAUCCUUUUCGCUAUCAUCAUAAAUGUGUGAUGGAAUGCUUUCAGAACGCAAACUUGAUCUGUCUAGCUCAUAAAAAAUGAGGAGAAAUCCUGCAAGACAUCAAUUGAAUUCCUGUUAUUCUUGGUUUCAUGAUGAUAAUUAGGAUUUUGAGGAACAUUCAAUUUGGGGAGACUCUGGAUAAUUGCCUGUUGGAAAUAGCAAAGAGAAUUAAUUGAUAUCAUUUUUAGAGUUAUAUAAGUAUAGAUAUGAAAGAACUUCAAAAAAACCGGUCUCGAGUUAUAAUGUUAUAUAAAUGGCAAAAAAGUAAUUUUCUUGUCAUCAUAAUUAGACUCAUUGGUAGACAUCCUAAUUCCAGAAUUAAAUAUUGUGGGAUCAAUAAAUUGCAAUGGAUUGAUUUUCGAGAUUGGAGUAAAUGA